AUGGGAGGGGGCGUGGUGAUCAGAGAUUCAGAUGGUAGGGUGCAAGCAGUUUUGACAUUCUACAAAGACCAUGUCUCAUCAGCUCUCCAAGCCAAAAGCGCUGAUCUCCUCGAAGCUAUGGAGUUGUGUUCUGAACUUGGUUUUAACCAAGUCUGUUUUGAAGGGGAUGCUAAGAUUGUUGUUGAUGCAGUAAAUUCUAAACGACUGGAUAAUUCUUGGCUGGGCCAAUGGACAAAAGAUAUGCAACAAAUCAUGAAGUAUAACCAAGCAUGGCGUCUUAAUUUUGCUUACAGAUCAGCAAACAAAGCUGCUCACACAGCAGCAAAACUGGCCAUUAGGAAUGUUAGGGAAACCAUAUGGUUAGAGGAGGGUCCUCUUGAGGUCUUAACCAUAGUCCAAGAAGACCUUUUAAUGUAUGAUGUAAUUGUGUCUUGA